GGAAGGGGGGGGGGGUAUAAAUACAUGUGUGGCGUUAAUUUGACGGCGACACUCCCCCCGCCUCUCAGUCGACAACAGACAGACGUCACGCUGCCUCUGAAAUACAAAUAAAGGAAAAGAGGAAAAGAAGAUUGGCCAGGGGGGAGGCAAAGCCAGCAACGCGGCGUCCUCUUCCUCUCUCCUCUUCCCCGGGCGCGGAGCCACGGAGCCGCGGGACCGGAGCGCCUUUUCUUUUGGAGGGCUGGGACGAGAGGUCACACUCGGGACAUAAUUUCGCUGCGUGGGGGCGAGACCUCGGGGGUGAACACGCCGUGUUUGUGAGUGGCUUUCCGAGCUGACACGGGGGGCGAUAACUGUACUGUAUCCCAGCCCAGCGGACUGGAGCGAAAGUCCGCCAUAUUCUGCCUCACCACGCCCGGGGAGUCAGUCUGCGGAGCCGCUGCACAUUCAGCUGACAGCCUCGCUCAUGUGUUUUGUUUUUGUUUUGUUUUUUUUUUUAUCGCCAACGCGGUCUGUGACUUGGAGGGGGUUAAAAACGAGGCAUUUCAGCGAUUAAAAAAACAACAACAAUAAUAUACAUGAGGACUUUUUUUAAGAAGAGAGCACUGGUGACAAUGCCUAACCACAGCAGAGAGGAGGAUGUGUUUUAAGAGGAUCUGUUGAUCAUUUAGGGACGGAGAAGCUGUCAGGGCAAAGAUAUUCCACUGAACCCGCUUUUUUUUUUUUACUCUGUUUGGAGCUUCCAGGAGGCCCUGAAGACACGGGGAUAGGAGGCGAGGAGGAGGUGGGAGACUCCAGUAAUUCCUCUUAAAUAUCUUUAUUUUCCGGCUCUGCCCCGGUCUGAACAUCACAGCGGCGGAGGAUCACCAGGACCAGAGUCCGCCUGUGUGACAUUCACGGCCCUGUGGUUUUUUUCCCCCUCUCUCCGACAAAUGUGAAAUCUGGAUGACUCAGUAAGGAGGAGAAGAAGGAGGGGGAGGAGGAGGUGGGGGGAAAUAAACAAGCGGAGUACAGUGCGCGUUUGAAAAAAAAAAAAAAAAAAAAAAAAAGGGACCAAGAAUGACCCUGGAAUCCAUAAUGGCGUGCUGCCUCAGCGAGGAGGCGAAGGAGGCCAGGAGGAUCAACGACGAGAUCGAAAGACAGCUCCGCCGGGAUAAGAAGGACGCACGCCGGGAGCUGAAACUGUUGCUUCUCGGAACUGGGGAGAGCGGGAAGAGCACAUUCAUCAAACAGAUGAGGAUUAUACACGGCACCGGUUACUCCGACGAGGACAAGCGCGGCUUCACCAAACUGGUCUAUCAGAACAUCUUCACGUCCAUGCAGGCCAUGAUCCGAGCCGCAGAGACGCUCAAGAUUCCCUACAAAUACGAGCACAACAAGGCUAAUGCCAACAUUGUUAGAGAAGUGGACGUAGAGAAGGUCACCGCGUUCAGGAAUCCUUACGUAGACGCCAUCAAGAGCUUGUGGAAUGACCCCGGCAUCCAGGAGUGCUACGACCGAAGGAGGGAGUACCAGCUCUCAGACUCUACUAAGUAUUACCUGAACGCACUGGACCGGAUCGCCCAGUCCACCUACCUUCCCACCCAGCAGGAUGUGUUGAGGGUUCGAGUCCCGACCACAGGCAUUAUUGAAUAUCCGUUCGAUCUCCAGAGCGUCAUAUUCAGGAUGGUGGACGUUGGGGGUCAGAGGUCGGAGAGGAGGAAGUGGAUCCACUGCUUUGAGAACGUCACAUCAAUCAUGUUCCUGGUUGCCCUCAGCGAAUACGACCAAGUUCUGGUGGAGUCGGAUAACGAGAACCGGAUGGAGGAGAGUAAAGCUUUGUUUAGAACGAUAAUCACGUACCCCUGGUUCCAGAACUCCUCUGUGAUUCUUUUCCUGAACAAGAAAGACCUGCUGGAGGAGAAGAUCAUGUACUCUCAUCUGGUCGACUACUUCCCAGAGUAUGACGGCUCUCAGAGGGACGCCCAAGCAGCUCGAGAAUUCAUCCUGAAGAUGUUUGUGGACCUGAACCCAGACAGCGAUAAGAUCAUCUACUCCCACUUCACCUGCGCCACCGACACGGAGAACAUCCGCUUCGUCUUUGCGGCCGUCAAAGACACCAUCCUACAGCUGAACCUGAAGGAGUACAACCUGGUGUAGAGCACGGCUCCUCACCCACACGCUGACUGACUGGAUCUGUGAAAAGAUGGCUGACACACACACGCAAACACGCGCUUACAAAUUAUCUAAGGAAAACUAAAUCUAACGGUUGCAUAAUACUAAUUUAUUAGCCCUUUGUUGACUUCUUGGUGCCCGAGGGAUGAGACCCUUAAAUGUUAUCAUGCUUUUUAAGGCGCUGAUGGGGAGGCAGGAGGUUGGAUAUUUAUAAGGAGCUGGGAUCAGAGCUCCCAUCACACCUGCCAUUUUAUAAACCCUUAUUUUUGUUUUGCAUCCUAUGUCACGCCCCUUGUCUUUGUCAAGGUUCAUCAUGAAGCAUUAGCUUAACAGGAAGUGAUGCAACAGCUCUCUAAUGGACAGCUCCGUUUUUUUCCCCUUUAAUGCACCUGCCGGCUCGUCGCUUGUCAUGUAGGCAAAUAUUGUGAUUUUUUUUUUUUUUUUUUUUGAUUUGAUAAUGAUUUGACUUUAUUUUUAUUAUAGUUGUAAUAUUACAUUGACUUGGUACCAUUUAAUGAGCAGAGCACGGUUGAAUGCGGCAGCGGCACAUUCGCGGCAUGUUCUGACGCAAACACGAAGCUCAGGACGAGAAGAAGCGAUUGCAAGACGCUGGGCGACAAAGU